UUGCAUUUGUUGACAAUUUUGUUGGGUCCAUUUGUUGGGUGCGCGUGGAAUUAGAAAACUGGUUACAGCUGUUCCGUAGUUAACACCAGUUUUUAAAAAGCAUUUCCAAACAGUAGAACAAACAUAUUUCACGCUAGACUCCAGUGUAGGUGAUUUAGACAAUAGAUUAUUGAAAGAUGGCAGUGUCCAAGGUUACGUUUAAGAUUACACUCACAUCCGAUCCGAAGCUGCCCUUUAAGGUGUUAAGUGUACCGGAAGCGACACCCUUCACGGCGGUUCUAAAAUUUGCCGCCGAAGAAUUCAAAGUACCACCAGCAACGAGUGCGAUCAUUACGGAUGAUGGUAUCGGUAUUAACCCGCAGCAAACGGCUGGCACCGUAUUCCUUAAGCAUGGUUCCGAGCUACGGUUAAUUCCCCGGGAUCGUGUCGGAAGCUGUUGAGUGAUCUUGUUGAGUGAAGAAGUGUUCCGCCUGGAAGAGAUGUAUCGUUUUCGUUCGCUGCUCUCGACGUAAUAUGUGAUACGCAACUCAACAUCCAGCAUCCGCUUUGUGCGAAAGCAUUUUUAUUCAUCGUUAUUUUGCUUGUUUUCCUUGUCGCUGUGUCGAUUGAAAUAAAUAUUUGUCUUCAUA